AUGGCGGCGCUCCCUUCCCCUGCAACUGCUGCUGCCGCUACUGGCUCUUGUAGCGGCACUUUACCAGACGCCACAGAGGCGGCAGCGCAAGCAGAAACGGCUGGCAGACGGUCUGAAGCCACAGAGUUGUUCCAGGACGACAAGCGGCGCAAACACGACCAUGAUGCCUCUGCAGCCGGAGAACAGCAAGCCGCCGCCGGCGGCAGCAGCGAUGCAGCCAGCGGCAGCGCGUCACGUGGCGGCACCGCACCGCCCGAGUCACGGCAUCACCCAGCCGAGGAGGACGCAGAUGGCCAGAACAGGAGCCAGCAGACGGCAGUAGGUGCGCGCAGCGCUGCCACUGGAGGCAGCGGCAGCAGCCACUCCAUGCCUUCAAGUGGCAGCCCGCCAGCAGCGCAGGCAGCAGCGGUGGACCUGCCCCCAGAGGCUGGCUGCGCGUCAGAGGCGGCUGAGUCACCGCCACAGCAGCAGCAGCAGCAGAACCGUGCCUUGGGCGUGUCAACAGAGCUGGCGGCAGGUGGUGCAGCUGGUGCCAGCAUGCGGCCGGGUCCAUCUUUGCCAUUAUUAGAAGCAGCAGCCGCUGGCAGCCUACCCAUUUUGUACGGCCCAGGCAUGCAGCAGCAGGCGCCAGAUGUGGUGCCGCAAUUAGAUGCCUCACGCACGCUUGGCGACGUUCCCGCUCACGACAGCUGGUGGCAGCAGCAGCAGCAGCAGCAGCAGCAGCAGCAGCAGCAGCAGCUGUCUCCAGGCGCCGGCGCCCCCGCCACCAUCCUGCCCUGGGCCUCGCCCGGGCGGGACCCCCUGCUGCGGGGGCGCCAGCCGGCAGGCACGGCUGCGCCCGCCCUUGCACGCUUUGUGCCGCUGUCGGAGAAGGUCAAGAGGAAGUGCGGCAGGCAGCCUGCCACCUCGGUGCUGUGUCAGGUGCCCAGCUGCUGUGCGGAGCUGGCGACAGCAGACAGGAGCUACUACAGGAGGUACCGCAUCUGCAAGGAGUGCUCCGUCAAGCCCUCCAUCCACCUCUCCGGCUCCCUCCAGCGCUUCUGCCAGCAGGCGAGGCAGCCGCGGCGCGCUGGGAAGGCGCCAGGGAGAGCGACGCACGGCCUUCGAGCGCCAGUCCUCCCCAUCUGCAUGCAUUGCGCCCGCUUCCACCCAGUGGGGGAGUUUGAGGGGUCCAGGCGCAGCUGCAUCGCGGCCCUGGCCAACCACCGCACCAGGCGGCAGCGCCUGCCGCACAGCAGCGGUAGCCGCUCCCCCAGCGCCCGCAGGCGGCCGGCGGGCGUGCUGGCCAGGCAGGCUGGCAGCGACAGCGACAGCGAGGCGGCAGGUGCUGCAGACAAGAGCGAAGCGGGGGAGGGCAGUGCCAGGAGUGAGGGUAGGUCAGGGGCCUCGUGCGCUCGCAGCACGCACCACAUGGCAGCUAGCGCCAGCCCGGCAGCCUUGCCACUGCAGCAGCAGCAGCAGCAGCAGCCGCAGCACCUGGCAGCCACGCUGCCCAGCAGCAGCAGCCCAAGAUCUCGGCUGCUGCCGCAGCAGCAGGGCCCAGGAUGGGUUUCUGGCGUGGACCUGGCUGGUGCGGGGAUGGUGUGGCAGGCUGCCCCACCGCACGUGCCACCGGUGCUGCCUCGCCCAGCCGCCCGCCCCGAACUGGCGAGCCAGAGCAACGGCGGGGCGGCGAUGCAGCAUGCAGGCCCAGCAGGCAGCCACCGCUCCAUGCCGGCCCUGGCCUCCUACCGCAGUGCGCCACAGUGGCACGUGGCGGCGGCGCCACCUGCAGCUCCUGCGGGCGAGGAGCUGGGCACCACGCAGCCACCAGGGUCGCUGUCACGAGAGCAGGCAGAAGGUCGGAGCGCCCUCGUCCUGCCCAGCAGCCCUGGCAGCGCUGAGAAUUGCAGCGGCGAGUGGGGAGCGCCCCUGCAGGCGCCGCCAGCCUUGCUCCCUGCAGUGGUGCUGCCGCCCAGUGCUGCUGGGGAGAGCCACUUUGAGGGUUGGAUUGCAAGCGUGCUGCCAACCGCACCGGACGACCCGUUUGAAGCCCUGCUUGCGGCGCGCCACUGUACAGACCUCCUCGAAAUUCUUUCUUCUUUUCUGUCCCCUCGAGGUAAAAGGUCCAACAACACUUCUUUGUUUGGCAUUUGA